AUGCUUGCGCUGCCCCCUCCCCCCUCGACGCCGGCCAAGGACGCGGCCGUGCUCGGCCUCGGCGGCUACCCGCACCUCAAGCGCGUCGAGAUCGCCGGCCGCUCGCUGCACAAGCGCGUGCGCAACGCGGCCCGCGGCCGCUCGCUCUCGAUGGAGUCGAACGGCGAGCAUGAUGCGCGCGCCGAGGCCAAGCUCAAGGAAGAGGCCAUCCUUGCCAAGUACCGCAAGUCGAUCAAGGGCAAGAACUUCAUCAACUUGACCAUGUACCAGCAGCUCGGCUUGACCGACGUCAUGUUCGACGCGACGCCCGACCAGAUCAAGAAGGCGUACCACCGCGUGCUCAUUGAGCACCACCCGGACAAGACGCUCAAGGACGAAAACGACCCGAACUACCUCGCGGUGCAAAAGGCGUUUUCGACGCUCAUGGACGCGCAGAAGAAGCGUGCGUACGACUCGCAGUGCGAAUUUGACGAGUCGAUCCCGAGCGGCAGCGAAAAGAUCAAGCAGAACAUCACGGGCGCGGUCGACCCGAAGGCCAAGAUCGUGGACUUCUACGCGCUGUACGGCCCCGUCUUUGAGCGCAACGCGCGCUUCUCGAGCAUUGUGCCCGUGCCCAUGCUCGGCGACGACGAGACGGAUAUCGACACGGUCCAGUCGUUUUACAACUUUUGGCACACGUUUGACUCGUGGCGCGACUUUACCCACAACGCCGAGCACGAUGUGGACAGCGUCGAGAGCCGCGACGAGAAGCGUCACAUGAUGAAGAAGAACGAAGCGCAGGCCAAGAAGCUCAAGAAGAAGGAGUACAGCCGUCUUGCCGACCUCGUCGACCGCGCGCAGGCCAACGACCCGCGCCUUCGCCGCGUCAAGCAGGCUGCCAAGGACAAGAAGGAGAACGACCGCAAGGCCAAGGAAGCUGCCGCCCAGGCCAUCAUCGAUGCCCAGAAGGCCGUCGAGGAGGCUGCCGCCCGCGCCAUCGCCGAAAAGUUGGAAGCGGAGAAGAAUGCCAAGUCCAACGCCAAGAUGGCCAAGGACAAGCUCAAGAAGGCGUUCCGCAAGGUCAAGAAGGCCUUCCGUGAGCUCGUCGAAGCCAUUGACGACCCGCGCGUCGACGCGGAGGAGACUGAGUUUAUCUGCGAGUCGAUCGAGAUGGACGCCAUGGAGGCCUUGAACGCGGCGCUCGCGUCGCCUGCUGGCAUUGAGGACGUUGUCAAGGUCCUCACGGGCCUCCGCGGCGACGCCUACAUGGCUGCCAAGCGCGCCUAA